UUUCCGUUGCACAAUGUCGGGCCAGCAGCGAUCUGGAGCACCGCCUCCACUCCAGCAGUUCGGCCGCCCGCCACAUCACGGCUACAACAGCCACCAGCAGCAGCAACAACAUCACAUGUCGCUGAUGAUGAGUGGCGGGCCUCCGUCGUCGUCGUCGGGAUCGUCCGCCAGCAGCAGCAACAACAACACGGUGCUCGUCCAGGUCGGCGGACCAGGCGCGGCUGGCUCGGCUCGGCCUGCGUUCGGACCAGGGCGGGCUGGCGGACCCGGUGGUCCAGGCGGUCCACUUGGCCCAGGCGGCGUCCCCAUGAUGGGCGGCCCAGGCGGCCCGGGCUUUGACGGCAAGCGGAUGAGAAAGGCGGUCGUUCGUCGCACCGUCGACUACAACGCAUCCGCCAUCACCUACCUGGAGAAACGAAUUUGGCAACGCACGUCGCGGUAUUCCGCCCUGCUCCCGCCUGACGAGUCGUUUGUGCGCGAACUGGAAUUGCCAAUCGCGUACACGCAAACACCAGCGUCUUCUGUGAUGACAAAGCACGUGCAUAGCUCAUGGAACAAGCAACGGUGUCCUAUUUAUUGUGCAGAGUGGACCCCAGAAGGUCGAAGGCUGGUUACAGGCGCUUCUACUGGCGAGUUUACUCUAUGGAAUGGUUUGACAUUCAAUUUCGAAACCAUCAUGCAGGCACACGACACGGCCGUCCGCGCCAUGAAGUGGAGCCAUUCAGACAGCUGGAUGAUCACGGCCGACCACGGUGGCAUUAUCAAAUACUGGCAAAUCAACAUGAACAAUGUCAAAAUGUUCCAAGCGCACCGCGACCCCAUCCGUGCCGUUAGCAUCUCUCCGUCAGACGCCAAGUUCGCAACAGCGUCUGACGACCGUACCGUCCGUGUGUUUGACUUUGCCCGAUGUGUGGAAGAGCGCCGGUAUGAAGGCCACGUACAAGACGUCAAAUGCGUCGAGUGGCAUCCGCAUAAAUCGUUGAUUGUUUCGGGAGGCAAAGACAAUGCAAUUCGCCUUUGGGACCCGCGCGUGGAUACUCGCAGCACUCCCGAAAAGAGCGGAGCACUUUCAACAAUAUACGCGCAUCACAUGCCCGUUCACUCCAUCCAGUGGAAUGCCAACGGUAAUUGGUUUAUCUCGGGAUCUAGAGACCACCAGAUAAAGGUUUAUGACAUUCGUGUCAUGAAAGAAAUGCAAACCUUCCGAGGGCACAAAAUGGAUAUCGAUUCGCUCUCGUGGCAUCCCGUCCACGAGGAGCUGUUUGCCAGCGGUGGGUCGGACGGCUCCCUCAUGUACUGGAUGGUGGGUGUCGAUGAAUGUCUGGGUGCCGUGGAAAACGCGCACGACGGCAACAUCUGGACGCUGACCUGGCAUCCACUCGGCCAUGUCAUCUGCUCGGCCUCGAAUGACCACUCUACCAAGUUUUGGACAAGGCCACGGCCCGGCGAAACGUUGAAGGACCGGUACUCUAAUCCUCUCGCCGGCCUGGAAGAUGAGGAGGGACCUGCUCCAGUUAUGCCAGCUCAAUCCAUGGUCGUGCCUGGCCUCGGUCUGCCAUCCGCACAGCCGACUGUGAGCUCAAGCUCUGUCAUUCCAGGCAUGGGACUGACGGCUCCUCCGGGGCUGGGCGGGUCCUCGACGGCGCACUCAAGCGCCAACGCGUCAAGUACAGGGCAACAACCACCACGCCGGCCAAAUCGGUUUGCCGUUUCAGAAAGCCCAGCGCCUCUGUUGCCGCUCGGCUCGGGGCAAGGUCAGGGCAUGCGUCAACCACCAAUGGGAUUGAUGCAGACACCCGGAAUGAUGAACGGCGGACCACCUCCGGCGCUGUUGCAACUACCAAACCAACACGCGCCUCCAUUGUGGAACCAGCAGCAGCAACAGUUCCAGCACCACCAGCAGCAACAACCACCCAUGCAGAUGCACAACCAACCCCAGCAUUCGUUCCAAUCUCAACAACAACAACAACAACAACAACAACAACAACAGCAAGAUCGCGCGGGCGGCGGAUGGAGCGGCAGCAGGGGCGAUCAAGACCGAAGGCCUUCGCGCGAGUGGGACCAGAAUCGAGACCAUGACCAAGCCAAUCGCGAGCGAGGGCGUGAGCGCGAACUGGAGCGACGAGACCGUGAUCGCGACCGCGAGAUGCGCGAGCGUGACCGAGAGCGCCGAGAGCAGGAGCUGGACGAUCGUCGGCGAUGAGACCGUCAACCGAGAGUCUGAGAGUCUGCAGGUUGCAGGUGGUGCUUUCUAUUUCUCAUCUGCAAUGUCAAAGUUUUACAAAAGGAAACCCAAUCCAAACAAAACAUAAAAAUUCCUCG